UAAGAUUAUAUUAUGUUAUUUGUCUGUUUGUAUGACUGUUGGUGAAACUCUCGCCUCCCCUCAUGAGGACCAUGACGGACGCUCGACUAAUACGGUGACGUUCCUUAUAACUCUUUCUUUUCAUAUUGAACUUGUAAAGCAGCUACGUCCGCGCCAACUCUGGCAGAACCUCGUACUCCUUCGUCAUUCCCAUGGUUGGUUGCGGCACCAGGACCUUUGAUAACGAUGACGACGGCAGCACCGGCUUCGAAAAUAUGAUUAUGAUUCAAAAUGAAGAAAUUGUCCAAGAAGUUUGGGAUACCGCCCGGAAGAUCACUUGUGACUGGACAACCCGCAUGGAAAAACUUAUUACUUUCCGACCUUUUGCUGUAGAUAUGCUACAGGCAAAAGAGGUCCGUUAUUCAGGAGACGAUGUCAUGUGUUGGAUGGAUAUACAACUUGGCAAAGGCCCCUUUUCAAACACAGUAGACGGCAUUGUUAAAAUUGGUGAUGAGCUUACUGUUGUGAUUUACUCUAAGGAUGGUGGUUCAGAAUUUGACAUGUUGGUGAAGAACUGCUUUGCCUAUGAUUCAGAUGAUUUGGAAGAUGAAAGAACAACCCGCCUCCAACUAUCAGAUGAACGUGGCUGCCUCCUAAAGCCCAAAUUGAUGAGUUACUUUUCCCGCACUCGGCAGACUGGUACCACCGGUGCAGACAUCAUUGCUUUUGCUUCGCUCUUUGCCUUCAAGUUUCCAGAUAAAAUGGAUGUUUACUUAUCUUGUGAAGUUGAAUUGUGUAAAGGUGGGUGUACCAACGUGUGUGAAGAUCCUGUCUUCCCAACAAACCUGAUAUCUCGGUUUGUUUCCUCAUCAACAACCACAACCACACAGCGUCCUACAACAUCAACUACACCUCGACCUGAUCCCUGUGCCUUGAAUCCAAGGUCAUCCCAGUGCUGUGCCCUACGUCCAAAUUCCAUAUUUUGCACAACUACCACACAGCGUCCUACAACAUCAACUACACCUCGACCUGAUCCCUGUGCCUUGAAUCCAAGGUCAUCCCAGUGCUGUGCCCUACGUCCAAAUUCCAUAUUUUGCACAACUACCACACAGCGUCCUACAACUUCAACUACACCUCGACCUGAUCCCUGUGCCUUGAAUCCAAGGUCAUCCCAGUGCUGUGCCCUACGUCCAAAUUCCAUAUUUUGCACAACUACCACACAGCGUCCUACAACAUCAACUACACCUCGACCUGAUCCCUGUGCCUUGAAUCCAAGGUCAUCCCAGUGCUGUGCCCUACGUCCAAAUUCCAUAUUUUGCACAACUACCACACAGCGUCCUACAACUUCAACUACACCUCGACCUGAUCCCUGUGCCUUGAAUCCAAGGUCAUCCCAGUGCUGUGCCCUACGUCCAAAUUCCAUAUUUUGCACAACUACCACACAGCGUCCUACAACAUCAACUACACCUCGACCUGAUCCCUGUGCCUUGAAUCCAAGGUCAUCCCAGUGCUGUGCCCUACGUCCAAAUUCCAUAUUUUGCACAACUACCACACAGCGUCCUACAACUUCAACUACACCUCGACCUGAUCCCUGUGCCUUGAAUCCAAGGUCAUCCCAGUGCUGUGCCCUACGUCCAAAUUCCAUAUUUUGCACAACUACCACACAGCGUCCUACAACUUCAACUACACCUCGACCUGAUCCCUGUGCCUUGAAUCCAAGGUCAUCCCAGUGCUGUGCCCUACGUCCAAAUUCCAUAUUUUGCACAACUACCACACAGCGUCCUACAACUUCAACUACACCUCGACCUGAUCCCUGUGCCUUGAAUCCAAGGUCAUCCCAGUGCUGUGCCCUACGUCCAAAUUCCAUAUUUUGCACAACUACCACACAGCGUCCUACAACUUCAACUACACCUCGACCUGAUCCCUGUGCCUUGAAUCCAAGGUCAUCCCAGUGCUGUGCCCUACGUCCAAAUUCCAUAUUUUGCACAACUACCACACAGCGUCCUACAACUUCAACUACACCUCGACCUGAUCCCUGUGCCUUGAAUCCAAGGUCAUCCCAGUGCUGUGCCCUACGUCCAAAUUCCAUAUUUUGCACAACUACCACACAGCGUCCUACAACUUCAACUACACCUCGACCUGAUCCCUGUGCCUUGAAUCCAAGGUCAUCCCAGUGCUGUGCCCUACGUCCAAAUUCCAUAUUUUGCACAACUACCACACAACGUCCUACAACAUCAACUACACCUCGACCUGAUCCAUGUGACGUUAAUCCAAGGUCAUCCCAGUGCUGUGCCCUACGUCCAAAUUCCAUAUUUUGCACAACUACCACACAACGUCCUACAACAUCAACUACACCUCGACCUGAUCCAUGUGACGUUAAUCCAAGGUCAUUCCAGUGUUGUGCUAGGCGUCCAAAUUCACCUUUGUGCAGGACUCCAAGUACCACAACUCCUCGUCCUGAUCCUUGUGUUAUAAACCCUAGAUCUCCACAGUGCUGUGCUAGACGACCUAACUCAGUGUUCUGCACUACCACCACCACACCACCACCAGAUCCCUGUGAUUUGAACCCUAGUCUACCACAGUGCUGUGCCAGAAACCCUAAUCUACCUCAGUGUACUACCACUACAACUACCACAACCACUAAACGCCCUACAACACCGUUUGAUCCUUGUGCAUUUAAUCCUAACCACCCACGAUGUGUAACAAGAGCUCCAUGUUCUGGCCCCCGUGACCCUCGCCCCGAGUGCCGGCCCACCACGGAGGUUCCCCACACAACACCCAAUCUGGAAAAUCAUGCCUUCCAUGCUUGGCAGAACCGGCCCUCUGGCACUCGUCGUCGCCGUCCUCCUUAUGGCACUCGUCUCACCCCAGGUGUCCUAGCAGAGCUGUCAAACCAACCCAGACGACGUCGUGAUGUGGCUCUCCCACCCCCUCCUCCACCACCCAGGAAUACAAUUGCCAUGGUCCGAGGUUUUCGGGUAGUUGGUGCAAACGACCUCACAUUCAAAGCUGUUUCCUCACCAAACCAGUCUGCAAGCAAUGUUGAUAGUAUAUGUAUGCCAACUGCAACCUUCACUGUUAGUCUGCUGAUGCUGUCGCUGUUGCUGAUUACAUCUGUUCUUGUGGCCACAUUCACAUGCUUGCGUCUCAGGACGAUGGCUCCUUUAAAAGCAGUAGAAGCUAAGAAUCCAUACUACAAACAGUAACUGGCCUGGUCUCUUCUACUUGCUCUGAUUCCCUGCUGCUGGAUUUAGCUGGGUACGAGUAAUCCACCCUUUCCUGCUGGGCUGCUGCUGGCACUGACCUGGUGGGUUGGGUAGUCCCUCUCCCCUGGUGCCCUGUGCUGGUCACAGGACUCCGUGAAGUGCCAUCAUCCAUUCGACCAUCGCCAAGUUACGAAUGCUGUCCCAAGUCACUGAUUUAUAAAUAUUUGUGAUAAUCACUUGUUACUUUUUACGACACUAGACAGAGAUGCCAUAGCAUCGUAGAUUUUUGUAGUUGCAUAUUUCGACACUUUUCUCUAGACCCUGACAACUUUGCUUUGCCUUUGACUAUGGUGUCAGAAGCUCGAGCUGUUCCUGACAUCGGUUCAUACUAUGCUGCCAUAUAAAAAGGACUUUAUUUGCUUUUGUAAAUUUUCUGAUUAAAAUUGAUACAGAA